GUGGAAGCAAGGUCACACUGCUAAUCUACCUCGUGGUCGUGCGUGUCGCAUUUUCAUUAAAGUCGCCAUUUUUAAAACUAUAUAGCGCCGAGUACACAAUGACAGACGUGGAAAAGGAGCCCGAGAAGACCAUUGCCGAGGAUUUGGUGGUGACCAAAUACAAGUUGGCCGGCGAGAUUGUCAACAAAACCCUCAAGACGGUAAUCGGACUCUGUGUGGCUGAUGCCUCCGUGCGGGAUAUUUGCACCCAGGGUGACAAUCUGCUCACCGAGGAGACCGGCAAAGUAUACAAAAAGGAGAAAGACCUGAAAAAGGGCAUCGCCUUCCCCACUUGUCUGUCGGUCAACAACUGUGUAUGCCACUUCUCCCCAGCCAAGAAUGACACCGACUACACAUUAAAGGCUGGCGACGUCGUCAAAAUUGACUUGGGCGCUCAUAUCGAUGGCUUCAUUGCAGUGGCCGCCCACACAGUCGUUGUAGGCGCCAGUGCGGACCAGAAGAUCAGCGGCCGACAAGCCGAUGUCAUUCUCGCCGCCUACUGGGCUGUCCAGGCCGCCCUGCGCCUCCUCAAAGCUGGAGCCAAUAAUUACUCCAUCACCGAUGCUGUGCAACAAAUCAGCGAGUCGUACAAGUGCAAGCCCAUCGAGGGCAUGCUCAGCCACGAGCUGAAGCAGUUCAAGAUCGAUGGCGAGAAGACGAUUAUACAGAAUCCCAGCGAGGCGCAGCGCAAGGAACACGAGAAGUGCACCUUCGACAAGCAUGAAGUGUACGCCAUCGAUGUCAUUGUCAGCACCGGAGAAGGAGUAGGUCGCGAAAAGGACACAAAGGUCUCUAUCUACAAGAAGUCUGACGAGAACUACAUGCUCAAGUUGAAGGCUUCCCGCGCCCUGCUGGCAGAGGUGAAGACCAAAUACGGAAACAUGCCCUUCAACAUCCGCAGCUUCGAGGAGGAGACCAAGGCCCGUAUGGGCGUUGUUGAGUGCGUCUCCCACAAGAUGAUUGAACCCUUCCAAGUGCUCUACGAGAAGCCAACUGAGGUUGUGGCGCAGUUCAAGCACACGGUCUUGCUUAUGCCCAAUGGCGUCAACCUGGUCACCGGCAUCCCCUUCGAGGUCGAUAACUUUGUCAGCGAGCACAGCAUUGCCCAGGAGGAACUGAAGACUCUUGUCACGCAGCCCCUGGGACCCGUGAAGGGCAAAGGAAAGGGAAAGAAGGCAGCUGCUGCUGGCGGUGGUGCGGCGACAAAGGUGGAAUCGGCGCCGGCCGUUGUGACCAAGGCAUAAUCUCUGCUUUGCCAGCCAGCCCACCAGCAAUCUGAUACAAAGUGAACAAUUGCGCUGCCUACUGCUGCCGCUCCACUGCGCUGCUGGUUUUUACUAUCGAUUUUCGCUGCAAAGUAGUAGAUUCCGACAAACUAUCAAAAAAGAAAUACCCCCGAUCUAUUGACAACAUGAACAUGGAGACUAUUUUGAGGAUUUUUGUUCAAAAUAAGCAGCGAAACGCAGUUCCAUUUCCCCCCCAAACAACAAGAGCCAGAACAAAUCCUCAAUUCAUCAGCAAUAUGCAACAAGAAAAUUAAUUAAAUUAAAAUCUUUAUUCCCCGUACCAUUAGGCUGGUUUCGUUCUAUCGGUUUGUUCUUAACAUCGCAACGAAAUUAGCAAAAAAAAAAGCAAGAAGAACUGUCGUCAAAUUGUAACAAUUUUAACGCUAAAAUGAUCUUUAAAUAUAAUUCAAAAUAUGAAACAAAACAAAAACGUUAUUAACGCUGCGUAGUAGGUAUUAAAUAAAAGUAACAUUUUUCUAUAAAAACAAAAAACAGAAAACCGACAAUUGCCAUUUGACUUUUUUAUUUUUAAAUUUUACGAGAACGUUCCAAUUUCAGACGCUUUUGAUUUUGUAAUAAAUGCACUUUAAGAUUUGUU